CACCAGCAGAAUAGGCUCCCUACACAGCCACAAUGUAACGCGGAUGAGCCUGAUUAUUUUCAGCCCCAAUCUCGCCGAAGCCUCAAACACCCAAGCAUAAAGCUCUCGACACUCAUAACAACUUCUUCUCCAUAGGAAUUGGUGUCUAAUGUAUCCCGAUGGAUCCAAUCACAAUAACCGCUACCGUUGUCGGCUUGGCUUCAAAACUUGUCAUUAGCAUCAAACAAAUCUGCGAGUUCUGGACAUCUAUUGAAGAUGCACCAGAAUACUUUAUGUCAAUCGCGAGAGACCUCCGACUUCUUCAAAGCAUAUUAGAGGGGAUCGAAGAGGUCGAUGACACGACUAUCGUUCGAUUAGUGCUCGAAGAAUGCAGUGAAAGACUCGAGAAACUGCACACGAUUGUUGCCCAACUGGAAACCGGCUUUUUGUCUUCAAAAGGCCGGGUACGCAAGUGGACUGCUCUGAAAGCCGUCUUUCGCAGUGAUCAAAUCAGGAAGAUCCAAGAAUCUCUGUCCCACACCAAACAGUCUCUCAUUUUAGCAAUGCAAAUGUCUCAAACGAGACAGAUCCGCGCCCAGCCUCAGGCUGUCUUGGACAAGCUCACUUCGUUCUUCAUGCAGCAGAAAUUGGUAGCAGAAUCUGUCACCGAGGUGUCGCUAUGCGACAGCUCUAUCGAUUCGCCAUCGGCAUCUCAAGACUCAAAAGAGAUCCGAGACUUAAAUCAAGACUAUGAAUCACCAAAUCCUCGACAUUCUGAAUGCCGCACCAAGUCCAGCAUAUCUUGGAGGUCAUCAUCAAAAGAAGGAGUGAGCAGGUGGCGGACGCCGUUUGGCAGGAUCGAUCUACGACAGGAAACAUCUUCUCUCAUGAACGGUACCGAAACCAUAGAAACACGAACCCAUUAUAAAUUCGUGGUACGUCCAUCAUCUUGGCUUGUAAAAGUAGGUUUGCAAUGGGAAAUUCAAGCUAGCCUUUCUGGACGGUCAUCAAUGCUCGAAACCUUCAGAGUUAUCCCAUGGAAAUCUCCAGUAUUUGAGUAUUGUCGUACAGGAGACAUUGAGAAUCUUCAGAGGUUGAUUUCAAAUAAUGAAGCUUCGAUCUGGGAUGUGGAUAAUAGUGGUCGCACAACCCUACAUUAUGCGGCACGAGGAUGUCAAGCAAACACCUGUAGAUUCUUGAUUAAUGCUGGAGUGCGAACGACAAAAAAUGCUGGUAAUUUUACGCCACUCACCGAAUCUAUCUACGGAGCAAGUUAUGGGUCACGCAAAAAUUGCCCAGAAGAUCAGGUUGAAACACAACGCUUGCUUAUGAGUCAGAAUGAUGACUAUGUCGGCGAAAUGAUGACAUUUCUCUCGAGUUUUUAUGCCACCGCGCGGAUUCAACAAUCAAGUAGAGACGCAUAUCUAUUCCCAGCCAUACUACAGUCGUCAAUGGUCCUGCAAAGUGAACUUCAGGGGUUUGUCGAAGAGCCGUCAGAGAUUUACACCCCGAGAGCAAAGGUAGUUCGCCAGAUCUGGAAAUCUUGGCAGUCCUGGGACACGCCAGGGAUUCCAAACUAUUGUGUGGAUACCUAUGACGAGAUAGUCGAUUUGGCUCUAGUUGAACUACAGUACCCUUCGGUGUUCCAUGCUUGCGUCUUGACUGGCCAUUUGAACAUUUCAGCUUUGAUCCAGAGUGGCGCAAACCCUCAUCUAAUCUCGAAAGGCCAUCGACAUUUCUACGGACCAGAUAAAGGGCGCGAGGAUCGUUGGGACGCAGCACGGCGCAUAUAUUUAAAAACAUUUGACACUCCAACUUCAUUGGCUAUGUAUACCUCUGGACAUUUCUCAAAUUGGCGAGCUGCGCUUCACAGCGCAAAACUCGACUUAGACGACUUUAUUCAGCACGAACUGAGACCGGGACUAGAUAUAAACGGCAGGAAAAUGCCUUUAAGAGUUUCAGGUUGGACUAAGACCAACCUAGCCCAGCUUUUCAAGUACAAACUCCAGCCAAGUACAUGUAAAAGCGCUUGUUCUUGCAGAUACACCCGAGCAGACUUUAAGCAACCAAAGUGGUUGAGAUUCCUCUGGAAUGUAAAGCACCAAGGAAGCACGUCAAGAACUUGCAACUCCUACGAAGAUGAUGAACAACGGGGCCACAACCAAGAUAGCCCUGAUAUGGAAGUUGAGGAUCAAGCAUCGCCAAGAAUCUUUCAAGAUCUUGACCCGGGAGACGGCACACUAUCACCAUUUUGCUUUCCGGAUCAUAAAGGCUGUUGUUAUGUUUGCCAGAGGUGUUGGUACAAUAAUCGAGAACGGGACUUCUGGCUGGCUCGAGACACUAGUCCCGAUGAACAUCUGGAGAACAUGAAAGCGGUAUGGGAGCGUGAAGACAGCGAUGAUUCACCAUUUCUGCUUUCUUUGGGAUAGAGUCUUGAGAAGCUACGAUAUAAAGGUAUGGCUCUGAAAAUAAAUACUGUCGAAUAAGGAAAAUAAUGACGAUCACGACC